UACAUAUGGAUCAAUUUCAUCUUUCCCAAAUUGCCCAAUUUGCAAAAAUGUUGAGUCUGCCUCAGCCUUCCACCACGCUCGUCACUCACUCCCACGACCAAUCUCUCUCGCAGUAGCUCCGCAGCAAUGGCGAGUUGAUCACCGCCUGCACCUCGAACCUCUCCACAGCUUCCCUCCCCCUCCCGUCUCUUUCUGCAAGGAAAAGGGGGAGUUUAGGGAGUGGGCGGGGAUGCAGAAGCUGAGGUGGAGGGCGCUGGUGGCGCUCCGCCGCCUGCUGACCGGCGCCAUCUGCGCGAUCGCCCUCCUCGCCCUCCUCUCCGUCCACCUCCGCGCCUCCCGUUUCUCCGGCCUCCCCGGGAUCGCCGACCCCCGCAAGCUCCCCGCGGUAACGUCCCCGCCCGCGCGAUUCUCUGUCCCUUCCGUUCGCCGCCGCUCGGCCCGCCGGUUUUCCGAGCUCGAUGAGGAUUUCGUGCGGCAGUAUGAGCUUAAAUAUCAGAGGCAGGGCACCGGGCAGAGCUGGACGCGAGAGCUCGCGCCGCCCCAUUUUUUGAAACCUCCAGCUUCUUCUGCCAAGUUAGAUGGCGCGAAUGGGAGUUCACAUUCUGUCAAGCUUUGGAAACCUCCCUCGAAUCGUGAUUUCGUGCCGUGUACAGAACCCGGUCUAGACUAUACAUCUCCUCGAGGUUCGCAAGGUUAUCUUCUGGUUAGUACGAAUGGCGGACUUAACCAGAUGCGAGCUGGGAUAUGUGACAUGGUUGCUGUGGCCCGUAUAAUUAAUGCCACUCUAGUGAUUCCGGAACUUGAUAAAAGGUCAUUUUGGCAGGAUACAAGCAACUUUUCUGAUGUUUUUGAUGAAGAUCAUUUCAUAAAUGCACUGGCUAAUGACAUAAGAGUUAUAAGAAAGCUCCCUGAAGAACUAGCGACAGCAGCAAAGGCAGUCAAGUAUUUCAAAAGCUGGUCUGGCAUGGAUUAUUACCAGAAUGAGAUAGCUAGCAUGUGGGACGAGCACAAAGUUAUUCGAGCGGCCAAAUCUGAUUCUCGUCUGGCAAAUAACAAUCUACCACCUGACAUUCAAAAGCUGCGUUGCCGUGCUUGUUAUGGUGCCCUUCGUUUUGCCCCUAAAAUUGAAGCAAUGGGUAAAAUGUUGGUUGAUCGGAUGAGAGCUCAUGGUCCUUACAUCGCUCUUCAUUUACGUUAUGAGAAGGACAUGCUUGCGUUUAGCGGAUGCACGCAUGACUUAUCUGAACCUGAAGCAGAUGAGCUCAAGUUGAUCAGAGAGAAUACUUCGCACUGGAAAGUGAAGGAGAUUGAUCCCAUGGAGCAAAGAUCCAAGGGAUAUUGCCCGCUUACUCCAAAGGAGGUUGGUAUUUUUCUCACUGCUCUGGGAUAUCCAUCAAACACACCUAUAUAUAUAGCUGCUGGAGAGAUAUAUGGAGGUGAUUCUCGUAUGGCUGGUCUGAGAGCUCGCUAUCCCAUGUUAAGGAGAAAGGAAUUUUUGGCUUCAGUGGAGGAACUUCAGCCUUUUACGAAUCAUUCUUCUCAAAUGGCUGCUCUUGAUUAUAUUGUUUCAGUUGAGAGUGAUGUUUUUAUUCCAUCAUACUCUGGGAAUAUGGCAAGGGCAGUUGAAGGUCAUCGUCGCUUUCUCGGACAUAAGAAGACGAUUUCUCCUGAUAGGAAAACUCUUGUUCGUAUCUUUGAUAAAAUUGACCUCAGAACCAGGAAGGAAGGGAAAAAGUUAUCAAACCAAAUAAUUGAACUGCAUAAGAGAAGGCAAGGGUCUCCGAGGAAGAGGAAGGGGCCGAUUGCUGGAACAAAGGGCACGGACAGGUUUCGGUCAGAAGAACCCUUUUACGUUAACCCUUUGCCCGAUUGUUUAUGUCAUAGGGAAUCACCAAGCUUGAAUACCUCGCAAAUCAGCUAACAACAUAAGUUGCAGAAGAAAGGCAUGCAAGAAUAGUUCCCUUUCACGGUGGCACGUAUCAUUGGUUGCCGUAUUUCAAGCCUAAUGAUACUGGUGCCUCAAUAGGAGGGACGCGGAGCAUGUAUAUUUGAGUUUAGGAUAUGUCGCUGGGGCACUUCAUCGGAUGUACAUAUCACGGAAAACAUUUUGCUGGGUGAGGGGAGAUGGGGAGAUAGCAAAAAGAAAAGGGAGUGCAUACCACGGACGAUUUGGUUGAUUAAUUAGGAUUUGUAAGUAGGUUAUUUUUUUUUCAGGAAAACAGUGUUGACUUUACUCCUUUCAAAUGUACGAGAAACAUUUCGGAUGUGUAGAUUUUCAAAUUAGGAGGUGAUGAAAGAGUGCCAUAUUUCCAUCCA